AGCAAAAUGAAAUUGAAUUGCUUAUUGCUUCAAAAUGUGAAUUUUCCUCAAAAUUGAUUAUCAGCUGUUUGUGUUUGAUUUGAAUUUGAAUCAAAGAAUGCUACAAAAAUGCAAGAUUUUGUGUUGGUGUAAUUGAAAUAAUUGAAACAAUUCUUCCCAAUCAUCGUCAGUAUUGAUCGGUGUUUCAACUCGCGUCGAUAUCUAUCCUUCAGUAUGUACUAAUCGUCGAAAUAACAUCUACUUACACUUCGAAUAUGGAAAAUCAAACACCUUGCUCUAUCACCGAAGAGCAAGUAUACAAAAUGAUCGAGAGAGUCAGAUGUGAAACCCAUCUUUCCCAUAAACUAGCAACACAUGCUGUGAAUGUAGUUUUGGAGAAUUUUUCAACCUUGGCGCCGCCUCCUGCUGUCCAAGUCAUCACCGAGAUACUUUCAAAGCUAGAAGUUUCCCCUGAAGCACCUCUUUCGUUGAUCGAUAAUACACAAGAUAUGACACGAUUGUUUGUCAUCACAGAAGACUUAGCUUCUGUGAAAGAUGAUGCACAGCAACGAUCAUGGGAGUUGUUCGAUGAUCAGGCGUCAAUUGUCGAAUAUUUGAGAGAAUUUAAUUGCAUACUGACAGAUGCAGACACAGCGAUUAGUAAACGUUUUUUGCACAUUACCGAUUACUACAUUGUCAAUUGUUUGGCGGAAUAUUACCAAAUGGAAACACGGUGGUUGAUCAGGAAUCUUUUGCUGCAGAGUUUUGAUUUACUGUGCACAUUAUCGAGGACUGCGAUACUUGUUUUAAUUGCAUCCGUCCUACCUUUAGAGUUGACCAGAGAUGUACAAAAUAAUAUUAACGAUAAAGAUAAACUUCUUCCAGUCAUCAACGUCCUCACAAAAAUAUUUUCCAUCGGCGAACGUUUACCAAUAAUUUAUUUUGAUACAAUCGGGAAAGAAUUCAUUUUACAAUUAUUGAAUUUAAUUGAAAGCCCAUCAGACGAUCCUGAUCAAGAAGAUAUAGUGAUAGAUCUGGUGAACUUAAUUUUAGUCUAUAAUCUGCAAUUUGACGAAAACCGUUCGAUCUCAGAUAAUCUCACCAUUCAAGCACUCUCGCAAUGUGAUAAUCCCAAAAUAUUCUCCGAAACUUUACUGUUACUCUUUAAUCGCGGAAAGGAUCCGGCAAAAUUCUUGGAUCACCAACCGUCUGCUGCUAAUUCAUUACUGAAAAUUAUUACCGAUAUUUUUGCCAGUGACGAAACAUCGAAUUUAUUUUAUAAAAAUGAUGUUGCCGUAUUGAUUGAUAUUGUUUUACGAAAUUUAGUUGAUAAUUCGCCUAAUUAUGAGGAAAGAAAUGAAUGGUUAAAAUUAAUUUUACGAAUACUACAAAAAAUCGAAUUAUCGGAUUACGCUGAUAAAAUAUCCAAAAUUCAAUCGUGCAUCGAACAGUUUUCAAAGGAUGAAGAAAGAAAGGAUUUAGAUCAAGAUUGUAAACUGAUUGCUGAUAUCGAAUACGUCUUAUCUCAACGCGUGUCUUCCUAGCUUUAUGAACAAUUUUCCAGUUCAAUCGCUUACAUUCAUUUGUGAUUUAUUAAACACGUACCCAUUAGAAAGCAUGAUCUUUGUAAUAUUUAAAUUAAUUAGUGGGAACAAUUUUGAAUUAUGUAGUAGAUUGAUCUAUUUUGUGAUCGCGAGCAAGUUUUUAAUAUCUACAUUAAUUUGUCGAAUGAUCUGAACAUCGAUCUGCACAAAAGACUUCACGUUUAGUUUUGUGAAUGAUUCAUAGAUGCAUUUUGCGUUUUUUAAUUACGUUAACUAAUUUUAGAAUUAUUUUAUACAACUUGCAAUACUCAGAAAUUUUUUUUCAAACGCGCAUUUAUCAUGUUACCAUUUUUUUCCAAAAUGCACAUUUGCUUUAUUACGUAUUAUUUAUUGGCUACCUUACCGGAUGAAUUUUAGUCUUAUAGAUGAUGAUAUGCUACCAUAAAGUAUGAUUGAUUAAAAUGAAUGCAAUUAUUAAUUGUGAAAGUUCUUAAAAAAUAUAUAUGUAUUUAAUUAAUAUGAGUAUAAAAAAGGUUUGAAUUCU